UCUGCGCUGGUGUUUGGUGGCAGCGUUUCUCUUCACUGCAGGGGCAGCUUCAUUCUCUCCUCCAGGAUGUCGGGCCUUCUGAGCAGCUCUCUUCUGUUUUUCCUUUCCCUGACGCUGUUCCAGAUCCACACACCAGAGGCAAAGCCUCUGUCCGCCAUGCAUGGAGGCAUUCGCAGUUAUGACGUUCCAGUUCGUCUCCGCAGAGAGCUGCGCGAUUCGGUGCCCUAUGAGGCCCAGAUGAUCUCCUACCCCUCCGCUGACUACAAGAGCCGCAGCAAUGACUUGUACUACCCGCCAGACGUCCUAAGAGCUCAGGGUUUGGGACAAGCCCUCCAGCGGCUGGUGGAAAGUGAUCAGAGGCGGGAACAGGAGGCAGCUUAUUUGGCUUCAAUGCUGCGGCUCCUCAACGAGGCACAGGGCACCGGACAGGGCAGAGCUGGGGACCAGGAGGAAGACGGGGGGGAUUUUCAGGGCCCAUAUCCUCCUGAUUAUGAUGAGACGGAGCAGGCUGUGAGCAUGGCCAAACCACAGGCUUCAUGGCAGGGUCUUCUAGAUCCUCAGCUCACUCAGGCUCUGCUCAACCGCUACAAGCAGGAGAGACUUGUGCAGGCCGGACUCGCAACCGCAGCCAACAGGAUUCCAGACCGAGAGCAGGACAAAGAUCAGGAGAUGCUCAGAUACCUUGUGGAGAAGAUCCUCUCCAGCCUUGCAUCAGGUGGCAACCAGGGAAGCUCUUCAAACCCGAGAGCCAAACGAGACCUGAGCGCAGUGUCUAGCAUAGAGAGACCCAUAAAACCUGCCCUCAAACGCUCCCGUCGCUCUCUAGACUCCGCCCCCGGCCCCCAGCCAGAGGCAUCACUGCUGAGGGUGAAGAGGCUGGAUGAUGAUGAUGUAGAUGAAGAUGCACUCGCAGGCCAAAGCAACAGAACGCCACACAUCGGCCUGCAGAGAAUGAAGCGCAUUGACACUGACCUGCCGCCUCCCAAAAAACACAGCCGCAAGCGCAGAGCCCUGAGCUACGACCCGGCCCUGAUCGCACAGCAUAUCUUGCAGUACCUCCCAGGCUAAAAACCAUGCAGAGAGAAGAAGAAAAUCCACACAGACAGACGUGAGCAAGAGUUUCUGAUGGGGAACGCAACAUUUCACUUGCUUACAUAUACGCCAGCAUUCAUCGUCAUGCGCAGAAAACCAAUCUCACGCUGCACUACAUGAUUUUACUCUCAUUUAGUAAUUGUCUUGUUUUUUAUUUAUUUAAAAUGGUGAAACAUUCUUAAAUCGAGAUGCAUUUACUUAAAGGGUGCCCAAACUUUUUCUUAUGAAGGGCCAAAAACCAAACUUGAUUGAGGGCUGUGGGCAGAAGAUAUAUUACAAGUUGCCAUGGAUGAUUUCCUCAACCUUUUCAAAAUCAGUAGAAAACAUUACUUUAAUCAUAUUAACUAAUGCAUUAUAUAUAUUUUUAAUAUUAUAAUAAACCUAAUAUAAUGAAAACAAAAGAAUUUGUCGGCGCCAGUGGUGUAGUGGUUAGUGCGUCAACACAUGCACUCCGGUGCUCACGGCGACCCGAUUCCAACCUCGCGGUUCUAUGCCGCUCCCUCCCCUCUCUCUGCUCCCCAUACUUUCCUGUCAAUACUCUACACUUUCCUAUCUAUUAAAGGUGAAAACCCUGAAAACAUUAUUAUAAAAAUAAAUAAAUAAAUAAGAAUUCCAUUUAUAACACAAUGGAGUUUAAUGCUGAAUACACUAGUCAAGCUGCCCCUGCCUUUGCCUUGAUUUGCUUAUUGAGGACUGAUUUGCGCUCUAUCCGUUGAGCAACAGUAUGUUCAUUUUAAAAAUAAUAUCGGAUUCAUUUACUACAUUUAAUUGAAACAAUAAUUCAGGUUUGUCUUUUGUAGCUCAAAAAGAAAACUAACAUAUGAAAGCUUACGUUGAAUUAGAAAUUACUGGAUUAAAAGCAUUAACCCCAACUAGGCAUGAGCCGGUAUAAGAUUCUGACAGUAUGCUAACCUUGGAUAAAAACAUCACGGGAUUGUGAUUACUGCUCUAAAAUAUGCUCUUUUUAAAUGCCUGGGUAAAAAAAAAAAACUUUUCCCAACUUUGAACACAAUAUAUUUUAUUUUGAGAAACAUUUCAAAUAUUUCGGAGCAGUAAACAUGUCAGACUUAAUAAUUCAAAUGAAUCAAUGAGUGCGUUUACAUGGACACAACUUAAUACGAUUAAUAUAGUACUCUAAUUAAGAGUCUACCAUGUAAACAGUGAUUUUUGAUUAAUUUAAUUAGAGUAAGGUCAUAAUCGAACUAAAGAAAAAUCUAAUUAAGACAUGUGAAGAGUUCAGAUGCAAAAACCUCUAAAUGACAUCUGAAAUGUUCUCCUAAAAUGAUCAUUUUUCUCAAACUCCUAUUUUUAUGUUUAAGUAUUUCACUUUAAAAGCAAUGAAAAGAACGUAUUCAUCACUAUAAAAGUUAAAAUUCAGAGCCUACACACAAGAGUCAGAGAUAAAUGCUAAUUUUAGAAGAAAAUAUCAAAUGGCUUUUAGAGGUUUUUGCAUCUAAACUCUUCAUGUAGAGUAUGCCGAUUAUAGUCACAUUAUUGAAGUGCAGUACAGAUAUGUAAACACUGCAAUCAAACUAUUACCGUCAGGUAGGACUUUUCGCUGCGUUUUGCGACAGGAUAGUCACACACACACACACACACACACAAGACUGUUUGACACUAUUUCACUGCUCUUUGCACCUACCGAGUUAGUGACCACAGACACAUACAUCGUGAAAUGCAAAGGUUUUUUUCUCCCAUUCAGCGUGCGGCCUAAAAAUUAAUUAAAACAACACUCUUCCAGCAGGUCAUAGUUGCAUCCAAUAUCUCAUUUGUCACGGGGGCAUGCAUGAAAUGCUCCUGAAUGAAAGUGAAAGUGCCAAACUGCAGUUAAAGUCCACAAAUUAAAAAUGAAACACCUGAAAUUACAUGAAACUGCGGAGGAAAGGUGGAUAGUGCAGUGACAUUAAUCGAAUUAUGUGCUAUAACAUUUAAAACAGGAUCAUGAAAGUAACAUUCAAAGAGUAACUCGCGUAAACACUUUAAUCAUAUUGUUGUCUUAAUUAUAUCAAGGUAAAUGAUUUGAUUACUGAUGUCCAUGUAAACGUAGUCAUUGACUUCUGCUCUCUUCAUUAGUUUCAAAAACAUCGAUUUCUUUAAUUUAAAAUGGCAUCUUUGGAUAUCUUUUCUGCUGAAAAUGCUGAUUUGCCAUGAUGACAGUACAUAAUAUUUGACUAGAUAUUCUUCAAGAUACUAGUAGUCAGCUUAAAGAGACAUUUAAAGGCUUCACUUAGGUAAGUUAGGGUAAUUAGGCAGGUCAUUGUGUAGUGAUGAUUUGUUCUGUUAACAAAUAAAAAAAUAUUGCUUAAGGGGGCUAAUAAUAUUGACCUUAAAAUGGUUUAAAAAUGAACUUUUAUUCUAGCCGAAAUAAAACAAAUAAGACUUUCUCCAGUAGAAAAAAUAUUACAGGAGAUAUUGUAAAUAAAAUUCAUUGCUCUGUUCAAACAUCCUCUUUUCUUAAAGAUCAUUUGGGAAAUAUCUGAAAAAGAAAACUAAUAAUUCUGACUUGAACUGAAUAUGGCUCCCGGUGAUACAUUGAGGUCUUAAAGGGACAGUUCACCCAAAAAUCCUGCCAUCACAUGUGCAGACUCAAUUUGAUUUGCCUACAGUAUAUGCUGUUGCUGUUGUUUUUUACUGUUCAAAUCAAUUUUAUUAAACGUUUUUAGUGCAACAAACAUGUCAGAAACUUACACUGAAUAAUAAGAUAAUAUACAUCAUUCAUGUCAUUUGAAUCCUGACCCCCACAUGAAAAAUAGAAUAAAGAUAAUAAUAAAUAAUUAAAUUAUAGCGAAAUAAAUAAACAAACAAAUAAAAUAAAUAAAUAAAAAAUAAGGACAUAUGAAAAGUUUAGAUGCAAAAACCUCUAAGUGCCGUCAGAAAUUUCCAUCGAAAAUGAGCAUUAUUCUCAGUCUUCUUUGUUUAUGUUGUGUUAUUUCACUUUGAAUACUAUGAAAAGGACUUAUUCUUUGCCAUAAAAGUGAAAUUACUGAAGCUACACACAGGAGUCUGAUAAAAAUACUCAUUUUAGAAGAAAAUUUCAGACGGCAUUUAGAGGUUUUUGCAUCUGAACUCUUCAUAUUUAUUUGACAAAAAGGCAGAUUACAUUUCUUUUGUCCACGUUGAUUGUUUUUUACUUUUAAAGCUAAAAACCUACUUUAAAGGGACAGUUCACCCAAAAAUAAAACUUCUGUCAUCAUUUGCUCAUCCUCCACUUGUUCCAAACCUCUUUGAGUUUCUUUCUUCUGUUAAACACAAAGGCAGAUAUACUGAGGAACGUUGGAAAUAAACAACCACUAUCUUCAAGUCUUUUUUAGUUCCCUAAUAUGGAUGUAAAUUGUUGUUUUUUAACACUCUUAAGUAUAUUCAUUUAAGUUCAAAAAGUGUGAAUAAAUAGUGAUAGUUUAAAUUUUUGGAUUAACAUUAUAUGGAUUAAAAAGUCACUUAAAUCAUGAUUAGUCUAAGUAAAUUGAGUAAAUCAAGGUCAAAUAUAAAUUUUUGGGUGCACCGUCACUUUAAACUAAGGUUUUUCUGAGCCUAAUUGGACAAAUUGUACAAUUUAUUCAGCUUAAUUUAGUCAGAAAACAAGAUUUAAUAUCUUAAGUUCAUUUCAAGUAUCUGCAUCUCGAUUUAAAAAUAUUUCCAUAUUUACAAUGAAAAACAAGACAAGAUAUGAAUGAAAUCAUUUGUUGCAGUGCAGACCUGCUUGCCAAGCUAUUCUGAUAUGAUGUUACUCUGUUUCGAUGUUAUACUACAAUAAAUCCCACACAGAUAA